CCAAACUCCCAGAAAAAAAAGAGCGCACAGCAUCUUCCUUCUCUGUCCAACUCCUAAUGGGGAAAAAGUAUAGUUUAGGGGUUUCGAUGAAACUUUGAAAGGACUGUAGAGAAAUUGCUUUCUGUGUAAAGUUGAUUUCAUUUUCUUUAUAUAAUUGAGCACAAACACAGUGUGGAGUUUUUGGAGAGGUGAAGGAAGAUGCCAAGGCCAGGUCCCAGACCAUAUGAGUGUGUGAGAAGAGCUUGGCACAGUCAUAGGCACCAACCCAUGAGAGGUUUAAUUAUUAGUCAGAUUUUCAGGCUUGUGCACGAGAACCACUGCCUAGCAACUAAGAAGAAUAAAGAAUGGCAGGAGAAGCUUCCUGUUGUGGUGUUGAAAGCUGAGGAAAUCAUGUACUCCAAAGCUAAUUCUGAGGCUGAGUAUUCGGAUCUUGAAAGUCUAUGGGAUCGGGUUAACGAUGCCAUUGAUACAAUUAUAAGGAAAGAUGAGAGUACAGAAACGGGGGAGCUUCUUCCUCCUUGUGUUGAAGCUGCACUUAAUUUGGGGUGCGUGGCGGUUAGGGCACCUAGAAGCCAAAUGCAAAACAAUCCAAGAACAUACCUCAAACCGCCGGUUCAAGAAUCCUGUGAUGCAUCGCCUAAAGUUUUAGAUGAUCAUACCGGUGAACGGCUAUUCAAUAUAUGGCCUUUGCAUUCUGCCAAUAUUUCACCAUUGAAGAAAUUCUCAACUGCAGAGUCACCCGAUUUAGUUUUGCAGUGUGGUGGAUGUGUAACACCAAAUAUUAACAAUCCCAUUGCUCUUUCAUGCGAGAAACUCCCAUCUCCCGCCAAUAACCAGAUCCCGCUAGCUGACUCUAGCACACUAUCGAAUUUUGGCUCAGUGUAUCCCUUGUACUAUGGUACCAUGUUUCAACCUGAAGUCUCAAGUCCGGUCUUACGAGAACCUCACAAAUCCAAUCCCAUAAUUGUUGGUGUGCCAGUAUGCUCAUCUGUAGCUGAGACUGCUGAAGUUGGGCGCUUGCAGAAUAUGUUUCCCUGUGAUGCAGACAAAUAUGUAACAAAUGGAAGCUCCCAAGCAAAUUCUGGGGACAACAAUUGGAUGGAACCUCAGACGGGGUGUGACUUGUCCUUGAGGUUGGGUUUAUCUUCUGAGUCAAGCUUGAACACGGGAAAGCGUUCUGAUCAUGGAACCAAUAAUGGUCGGGGAGUUUCUCAAGAUGGAGGGAAGCCUAGAGACAAGGAGUUUCCUUUCUUUCCUUCGGAGUCCAGUAACGAUCUCUCCAGUUUAAGUUCAAAUAAAUGGAAUUCAGAGGGGGGAGGUCAAAACGUGGAAGAUGUUGCUAGAAAGCGUAAAAUUUCGCUUAUUGCCAAUGAGCAAAGUUUCUUGUCUCGGGACCCAAAUUCUAACUGUUUUGCUGGUCAAAUGAAAAGACCAGUAGAACUUCAGCUUCUAGGAAAUCAAAGGAAGAAGAAUCUACUAACUUUUCGGCAUCUCAGCUACCAAGACGGCCCUGCAUCAUAAAGGAUUGACAGAAUUUAUUUUUGCAACUCAACAAAGAGAAGGGAAGAGGACGGUGAGAAUCGUCAUUAAGGCUCUGGUUUUAAGAGUCGGAGCUGAUGCUCCGGUGCUUAUAGUCACUGUCUGUCCCAUGCUGCAGUGGUUGGUGAUGAUGCAAAUGACGUACAACUCGGUGGCAUUGACAAUGAAGCUUGAGGGGCUGGUUGUUAGGACUGGACUAAGAGCAUUUGUUGAACUGCAGGCAUCAUAGUUUUGUUUGGUCACUUGGACCACAUUAUGCGUGCCAUUCCAGAGGAAAAAUGAUUAGCAAGGAAAAUUUUGAAAAAUAUCUGCCUUUAUAUAAGCACUAACAAAUUAGAAGAACGAAAUGGAUCAACAUGUAGGUAGAGAGCUUGAAACCAUUAUGUAUUUGGUUGAAGAUUUUCACCAUUUUGUUGGUUAUUUAAUUCUUUUUUCUUCGUCAA